GGCGGGGUCUCCGAAUUGGUGGCGGGAAAAGAGGCUCCUGGAAAGGUCCCGGCGGACUCACCAGCCGUCCGCCACCCUCCGAAACCCGCAGCCGCGCCCGCACCAUGCCCGCCGCCGGCUCCGAACUGCCGCGCCCACCGUCACCACCCGCUGCGCAGGAGCGGGGCGCCGAGCCGCCGCCGCCGCCGCCGCCGCCGCCGCCGCACGGGGAGCUGCAGUACUUGGGGCAAAUCGAGCACAUCCUCCGCUGCGGCUCCCGGAAGGACGACCGCACGGGCACCGGCACCCUGUCGGUGUUCGGCAUGCAGGCGCGCUACAGCCUGAGAGAUGAAUUUCCACUGCUGACAACCAAACGUGUUUUCUGGAAGGGUGUUUUGGAGGAGUUGCUGUGGUUUAUCAAGGGAUCCACAAACGCUAAGGAGCUGUCUUCCAAGGGAGUGAAAAUCUGGGACGCCAAUGGGUCCCGAGACUUCUUGGACAGCCUGGGAUUCUCCACCAGAGAAGAAGGAGAUCUAGGCCCGGUUUACGGCUUUCAAUGGAGGCAUUUUGGGGCCGAAUACAAAGAUAUGCAUUCAGAUUAUUCAGGCGAAGGAGUAGACCAACUGCAAAAGGUGAUUGACACAAUCAAAACCAACCCUAAUGACAGAAGAAUCAUCAUGUGUGCCUGGAAUCCAAAAGAUCUCCCGCUCAUGGCCCUCCCGCCCUGCCACGCCCUUUGCCAGUUCUACGUGGUGAACGGUGAGCUGUCCUGCCAGCUGUACCAGCGGUCGGGAGACAUGGGCCUGGGCGUGCCCUUCAACAUCGCCAGCUACUCCCUGCUCACCUGCAUGAUCGCACACAUCACAGGCCUGAAGCCAGGUGACUUUGUACACACUUUGGGAGAUGCACACAUUUACCUGAAUCACAUUGAGCCGCUGAAAAUGCAGCUUCAGCGAGAACCAAGGCCUUUCCCGAAGCUCAAAAUCCUCCGAAAAGUUGAGAAAAUUGAUGACUUCAAGGCUGAAGACUUUCAGGUUGAAGGCUACAAUCCUCAUCCGACUAUUAAAAUGGAAAUGGCUGUUUAAAGUGCUUUUAAAGGAGUUGUUUGAAGUAUAUUUACACCCAGGUAAAAGUUCACUUUGCUCUAAACUAGGUCAGAAACCUGUUGGUGACCUGUCAGUUACUCUUCAUUAACUUUCAAGGACGUUGCCACUGGCGGAUAGAACUGUGCUGGUUCUCUUAAGUAGUAAAAAGGCCUCAAGUUUGUUUAACUCACUGAGGGUGUAUGAAAAUGUCGAGAUUAUGAAUACUGUCAGGAAAGGGAAAAUUUAUAUAUCUUAACAAAAACAUGUACAUGCAUUCAAAACCAUACUCAAACUUCAUAAUGUUUUUUAUGAAGAUGGUCUGUGAGUUUCAAGAAUUAUAUGACCUAUUCCCACAAAUUUCAGCAAGCUAAAAAUGCCUAGUGUGGUUAUAAACAUUUAAAGUUACAUUUGUUUUUAUAUCUUGCUAUAAUAAAGAAGGGUUCUGCAUUCA